GGGCCGCAGCACAGCGAGGACGGCCGGAGCUCAGGAGCCUCUGCAUCAGCACCAAGUCAUCCACACUCUGGUGGGCUUCUCCAUCUCCACCCUGCAGGCUCCCAGGACCAGAUGCGCCGCAUCCAACGACCUCCCCCAUCGGGAGAUCCGCUCUGCAGAGGCUGCAGCAGGGAAAGUUUCAGUGGACGGGUUUUUGCAGAUGUCCAGCUCUGAGCUGCAGGACAUGAUGAGACGCCUGGGCUCCAACUCAGAGGAUCGUUCUCGCUUUACUGCCGCCCUCUCCUGUCUAAAGAGUGCUAAUGAAACAGGAGAUGACUUGAGGCCUGACUCAGGCUCCUGCAGCUCUGAGCCCCCAAAGGACAGUGAUGCCUUCACCCGCAUUCACCCCCCCUCCAGCUAUGAUCGCCCUCCCACUCCCCUGCAGCCCACCAACACCCAUGGCCGCUCUGUCUCCAUAUCAGUGGUGCCUUGUUCAAAUGACCAGAGACCUUACAUAUCAGCUGAGGAAAUGACUGACGCCUUCAGCCAGGAGCCAAGCACCCUCACAGCCACCCAAGCCUCAAAGACACGCAGUGACAAGCCCUCCCUCACACCUCCGCCGCCUUCCCGCAAACUGCUGCAGCUCCUUCCCAACAUUGCACUGACAAGAAGCAAGAGUCAUGAGUCACAGCUGGCCAACCGCAUUGAGGAGCCAGCUACACUCAAGGCCUGUAAGAAGAACAAAGUGUUGGCUGCUAUUCACAUAAAUGGCUGUGGGAACAGUCCCGAGGACUCAGCACUGCGGUCACCGCUGCUGUCUGUCCGAACACCCGGCCCUGUCCCAGCUUCUGCCCCAUACAUGAUGCCAGCCAACCCCACCCUGCUGGACAAUGUGACAAUGCACAGGAGUUCCCCUCAGACACUGAGGAGAGACAUUGGCCUGGCGGUAACGCACAGGUUUUCAACCAAGUCCUGGCUCUCCCAGAUGUGCCAAGUGUGUCACAAGAGCAUGAUGUUUGGUGUCAAGUGCAAACACUGCAAGUUAAAGUGCCACAACAAGUGUACCAAAGAUGCUCCCUCGUGCCGGAUAUCCUUUCUAACACUGCCAAGGAUUCGCAGGGCAGAAUCAGUGCCAUCAGAUAUCAAUAAUCGGAUUGAUCGCACAGCAGAAAUCCCACUGCAGUUUGGCACUUUACCAAAGGCAGUAACCAAAAGGGAGGAGCCCACUUUAAACCACCUGGACUCCAGCAGUAACCCAUCAUCAGCCACCUCCUCUGCACCUUCCUCCCCAGCACAUUUUCAGCAGAGUAACCCCCCGAGUGUCAGCGCCACCCCCCAACCCAACCCGUCACCACCGGGCUCCCGGGACAACCGCUUCCACUUCCCAGAUGUUCCUGCUUCCACAAAUACUGCUGUUCAACACUCUGGCAGCCACCAUGAGCCUGGUGUGUCACAGGUGGCCAUUGUUGAGACACAGCUAACGUCAGCGGAACAAGGAGGGGAGGAAGAGGCAGAGGAAGAGUACCCAGCUGAGGCUGAGGAAGCAGCUGACCAGUGCAGAAGAAAAAAGAGCACUGAGGAGUGUGAUGAGGAUGGGCUGGAGGACCUGCCUUCUUCCAUAUAUUGUCGUGGGACCGUUGGCCGCUGGAGGGGUCCAAUCUCCCGUAAGGUCAGCCAGACCAGUGUGUACCUGCAGGAGUGGGACAUUCCAUUUGAGCAGCUGCAGCUGGGAGAGCUUAUUGGCAAGGGUCGCUGGGGGAAGGUGCAUAAGGGGCGCUGGCACGGUGAAGUGGCCAUCCGCCUCAUGGAGAUUGACGGCAACAACCAGGAUCACCUGAAGCUCUUUAAGAAGGAGGUGAUGAACUACCGGCAGACCAGGCAUGAGAAUGUUGUCCUGUUCAUGGGCGCCUGCAUGGCUCCGCCCCACCUCGCCAUCAUCACCAGUUUCUGUAAAGGUUUGACUCUGUACUCUGUUGUAAGAGAAAGAGGUCACAUGUUAGACGUCAAUAAAACCAGACAGAUAGCACAGGAUAUUGUAAAGGGAAUGGGUUAUCUGCAUGCCAAAGGCAUCAUUCACAAGGAUCUGAAGUCGAAGAACGUGUUUUAUGACACAAACAAGGUGGUCAUUACAGACUUUGGCCUGUUUGGGAUGUCUGGAGUGGUACAAGAAGGCAGGAGGAAGAACAUGUUGCGGAUACCUCAGGGCUGGAUCUGCUAUUUGGCUCCAGAGAUUGUCCAAAAACUGAGCCCAGACGUAGAAGAGGACCAGCUUCCUUUCUCCAAAGCUGCUGAUGUUUAUGCAUUUGGCACAAUCUGGUAUGAGCUGCAGGUCGGAGACUGGCCAAUCACCAACCAGCCUGUGGAAGCUAAAAUCUGGCUAGUGGGCAGCAAUGAGGGCAUAAAGAAAGUGCUGGCCGAUGCCAACCUAGGCAAGGAGGUUAUGGAGAUCCUGUCUGCCUGCUGGUCAACCGAAGCAGACAACAGGCUGACCUUCCCCCAGCUGGCAGGCAUGCUGGAGAGACUCCCCAAACUGAACCGCAGGUUGUCCCACCCUGGACACUUCUAGAAGACAACUGAGCACAUAUCUUAGAAAGAGAAGGUAUAUUCAUGGGUGAACCAGCCUACAUCAUUCACACCCACAUUCAAAAAGGGAGUUUAUGUCAUUUUAUUUCAUUGAUAAACUUCUGCCAAAAUCUGCAUAUGCACAUCAUGCAAGCAGAAAUGACCUGGACCUAAAAGGAACCAAUACACCAUCAAUCAAAUGGAAAAUGUUGUAAAUACGAUUUUGUAAAGAAAUGUGAAUACAGUGAAUAUGUCCUGUUGAGUAUCAACUAAUUAAAUUACCUUAUAAAUGUGAGUACUAUUUUGUAUUUUGAAAAGUCUAGACUCACAUUUUGCUGUACCUAAGAUGGUGUUUUAGUUGCUGCUCCCUUUAUGCAUCUUUCUUUCAGAGACUAUAAUAGUGUUGCUCACACUUAGCAGUAAUAUUGUCUCUUGUGUUUCUGAGUUUCACCUCUCCUUCCUUCUCUUCUCUCAGUGAUUUAUCUCUUCUGUGUCAACUGAUCCAUAUCUGCCUGUUCCCUUUUCUGCCCGAUCUCCACAGUCUCUGUUCCUACAUUUUCACUUCUGUCUUCACCUUUGGUCCCCUGUCUCUUUUUUUAACACACAACACUCCUGAUUUCUGUAUCCUUACUCCAUUCUUCUCCUGGUGAAGGCUGAGGGAUCAUCACUGCCUGACAGAGCUCUGCCACCAGGGCCAGACAGUGUGCAUGUAACACUGUCUAUACAAGCAAAGGUGUUAUUUCUUUGUAUUAGAAUGAGCACACAUUGUAUUAAUUUUCACAUACUCAUCCUGUUUUCACCUGGUGAUCACAGCACAUGGGAUCUCUAUCUGGUUUUGAUAAGCAUUCUUGUUAUCUUCAUUCUGCCCACAUCGUAAUCAAAUAUCAAUGUGCAAGUCGUGUAGGCAUAGCUUGUGAACUAUCAAGUGUGUGUGUGUGUCAUGUGACAGAGGUUUACAGCUGAGGCAGGCCACUUUUCAGUACUUUUUCUCCCCCUGGCUAAUGAAACUUAAAAUGGACAAAAAAGUGUAAUACAUAUCUGUUACAGAUAUUUGUGUUACUUGGCACCCAUAGUACACACCAGUUCCACCAUGCAGACAGAGGAAGUAGUUGAUAUACAGUUACCUGGAUGUGCUGAUCCACAAGUACUACCUUGGCUACUGCCAUCAGUCAUGUGACCCUUGUCUUGCAUUUUCUAGUGGUCCAGAUUUGCCAGAGCAGGUUGUGAAAGGUUGAAAGCAUAAUAAUUCAGAAUGUGGUGUGUAUGUAUGUGUCACAUACUAUACACCAUACCUACUAGUCAAUCAUUCAUCUUAGGGCAAAUGUGCACAGCACCCCCUGUGUUGCAGCUGCCAGAGACCAUAGAUAUAUACACGCAGAUAUCACAUUGGCCGCUGCUGUUCAUUAGAGCUAUGCUUCUUUGCUACCACCAUAUUGGUGAAGAGGAGCCAUGCUUCCUCACGCAUAUAAAUAUAUCUCAAAAUUGGCAGGUGGGUUCCACUUCUCAGGCACUUUUAUAUAGUAACCCUCAUUGACUUCAAGGUGACACUGCAAUUAUUAUGUUUACAUUUUUGCAAUUAGCUCAAAAAUGGCUUUGCCUCGAGUCAACAUUCUUUCAUAGUCUCCUGGGUCUGGUUCAAUUUGUCACAAUCUGCUUGGAGCCAAAUUAUUGCCACUUGCAGCUGUAUAUUUUUUCAUGUUUCAUGUAGUUAUAGAGCGGGAAGGAGAAAAGCGAGGGAGGGUCCUGCUCUCUGUUAUUGUUUAAACUUUGUUUUAAUGCAGCUACAUUCACAAUAGAGUUGUUCUCCUUUACAUAUUUUUCUGUUUCUGCUGUCAAACAGGCAUUGAAUUUGAUCGUGGCUCAUAAAUACUGUGUUGAUCAGCAGUAAUUAUGGAGCUGCUGACCUGCUGACCUGCAGAUAAAAUGCUUAUUUUAUGAUCAGGACGUUGUCAGACAAAAUAAACAAAAAUACAGGUUAUGACAGAAACUGUGCUGUAAUUGGCUAUAUUAGCAUUUAAAAUUAGCAAUGACAGAGAAGGUUAUUAUUACAUGAUGUACACACACAUCUGAAUAAGCUGCUCUCUUCUUGUAUUUAUAAAACAGGACAAACAACUCUGUUAUUGCAACAUUUCAGUUUCUUGAUUUAACAUGGAAAAUAUGUCAUGUUAUUUUGACAUUUUCUUGCUAUUAGUAGAUAGGUCUAACAAAUUAUUCAGCUUUUACAAUAAACUUUUCUGUGAAUUUGGUGUUGAUUGCCAAGUUAUAAGUAAGUCCAUUAGAUCAACUCUGUACCGUUUUAUGCAGUGCUGGCUAGUGGACCAUAUAUAUUACCUGACAAGAACAAACAUAUCUUAACCUUCCACCACCUAGCACACCACGCUAAAUGGCUGGAUAUUUAAGACAGUGUGCCUAAAGGAAAUUUCAUGUUAUUUAUGUUAUAAUGUAUGGAGCAAACUAGUCUCCAUUGCUGAGCGCUACAUAUCCAUAACCACCACCCUUCCACCUCAACCCAGAGCAGAGGUCACGCACUGCUUGAGUUGUUCCAUUUCCCACAGGUAUAGUAUUAUCAUUUUUAAUCUGGGCACCAUCAUGAGCCAGUCUUCACGAGCCUCGUGACAGGCUGGUGAUCUGUUCAGGCUGGGCCGCUCGUCUCCCCCAUUGUGAGCCAGUGCCCUCAUGGUCUAACCAAGGGUAAGUGGCUAUAGAUGAUGGAUGGAUGGCUGGAUGGAUGACACUUUUGCUGUGUAUCAUCCACACUAAAUUCAACUCAAUCAAACCAUAUAAACAGUCAUAAUUUUCCAUUUGAAGUAGACCACAGUACUCUGUUUUAAGCCACUACUCUGAGAUCUUGAGAUAUGUUCAUUUUGUGACUAUUUUUUUGUGAUACAUAUAACAAGAUAAAGUGAUAUGUUUAGAAACUGGAUAAUGUGCUAUCUAGUCAUGAAGAGAAAAUGUCUCACAAUAACAUGAAGAAUACAACUUUUAGUUAUAAUGUCAAAAAAUCCUGUAAAACUGACAACAUUUCCUCAUUAUAAAAAGAAACUGAGCUGCCUUUUGCUGCCACGAAGAACAAACACUCCACUCCUAAAAGGUCUCCAGUGGACACUUAAACUUCAUUGGAGCUGUGACUGAGCCACAGCCACAGUGCAGCUGGAUGCUGUGUAUAUUCGGAAAGAACAUUUUCUACAAACAAAUAAUCAUAAUACCUCAUAUCCUGAUCAAGAAUCAGUCAAAGCACGAUCAGCAGAUGAGACAUUAAUGUCACAAUAGCUGCUACAUAUGGUUUGUCUUUGCUAACCACCCUGAAAUGUAAAAACUGAAAAUGGAAUUUUUGUUAAUCUUUGUGGCAUUUGGUUCCUCCCACUUUCCAACCACUAGCUGUCAUAGCGCUCUAUGACAGUUAAUCUUUAUACCUGUCUGUAUGUAUGUCGAUGGACACUGGUUUGAGCUGUUACUAGGGUAUGACCUCUCCUAAUUGUUUUAAAAUAAUGUUUACUCCGAAGGCUGCCAACACAAAGGAUUGGCUCACACAAACUGCAAAAACUCAUUAUAGUUUCAUUUACCUUUCAUGCCAUCUAUCUGUGCAGAUUUGUUUUAUUAUUCCAGGUUUUCUGAGAUUUCUGCCUGCACUUGUAAACAAUGGGUGAAUGUUUCUUUUAUAGAUGAAGAAGGAACACAUCUUUACAGAAACAAUAUGCUGGAUAAUCUACAGAACUGAACUAGUUUCCAUGAAAAUUUCUCAAACAAAUUUCUAAAAGCACGAGUUACUGUUGAGUGUCUAUCAAUGAACAGGAGGGCAAUUUUGAAAAAAAAAAAAUUGUUAAACGACAAAUAAACUUAAAUCCAAUUCGGUUUGUUUAGAAAUCACAACAAAAGUUAUCUCAGGACACUUUCCAUAUAGAGCAGGUCGAGACCAUACUCCGUACUGUACAGAGACCCAACAAUUCACCCAUAAGCAAACACUGAGUGACAGUAGCAAGGAAAGAGAGGCAGAAACCUCCAGUAGAAUAUCAUCAAACUGACCUUAUGCAUAUCUGUACAUACAGUGCUGGAGGCUGUAUGUAUAAUAUACCGUGGUUUUGUUUGUACAAUGGUUUUAAUUUUAAUAGGUACUUCAGUCAUAUUUCUGUAUAGAUUUUAGACGCUGUAAAGAGUUGUUGGUGGAUUGGUGUUUUGUUUUGUUUUUUUCUUUUUUGUUUGUAAAGUGUGUGGGUGUGUGUGCGUGUGUGUGUGUGUGGGGGGGCAUCUGUAGUAUUAUGUAGUAUUUUUGUAUAAAAUGUUUUGGAAGCUUUUGG